GCUUUCCCGGGAGCUCGGCGGUGAGUGCGAGCGCCCUUUUGCAGCAGCCGCGGCGGCUGCAGGCCGAGGGGGCGGAGAGGAGGGGGCCGCUCGGCCCGCCGGCUGGGGGGCGGUUUCCCCCCUCAAAACCGCUGGCAAAGUGCUCCGGGCAGCAGAAGCAGACAGCCAGCUCCGCGAAGCAAGCCGCUAGCCCCGGCGCUGAGCGAGAGCGCGGAGCUGCUGCGGGGCAGCGCCGCGGUUGCUGGCGGGCGCCGGUGCCCUGGGCGCGGGGCUUGGGCUCACCAUGCCCCUGCAGGGCCGGGGCGCCGGGCAUAAGCGGAUCCUCGGCUUGCCCCCGCCUCAGCGCGCUCGGAUUAGCUGCAGCCGGCGCCCAGGGAUUUGAAUCUGGACCCCGGGAGGGAGCGCGCCUACUCCGACCUCGGAGCGGCGGCCCCGCGGCCAACAUGCUUCGCAAAGGAUGCUGUGUGGAGCUGCUGCUGCUGCUGCUGGCCGGGGAGUUGCCCUUGGGCGGUGGCUGCCCACGGGACUGCGUGUGUUACCCGUCACCCAUGACAGUCAGCUGUCAGGCGCACAACUUUGCUGCCAUCCCCGAGGGCAUCCCGGAAGACAGUGAGCGCGUCUUCCUGCAGAACAACCGCAUCACCCUUCUCCAGCAGGGCCACUUCAGCCCCGCCAUGGUCACCCUGUGGAUCUACUCCAACAACAUCACCUUCAUCGACCCCAACACCUUUGAGGGCUUCGUGCACCUGGAGGAGCUGGACCUUGGUGAUAACCGUCAGCUGCGGAUGCUGGCGCCUGAGACCUUCCAGGGCCUGGUGAAGCUUCACGCCCUCUACCUCUACAAGUGUGGGCUCAGUGCCCUGCCGGCGGGCAUCUUUGGUGGCCUGCACAGUCUGCAGUACCUCUAUCUGCAGGACAACCACAUUGAGUACCUCCAGGAUGACAUCUUUGUGGACCUGGUCAACCUCAGCCACCUGUUCCUCCACGGCAACAAGCUGUGGAGCCUGGGCCAGGACACCUUCCGGGGCCUGGUGAACCUGGACCGCCUGCUGCUGCAUGAGAACCAGCUGCAGUGGGUGCACCACAAGGCUUUCCAUGACCUCCGCAGGCUGACCACCCUCUUUCUCUUCAACAAUAGCCUCUCCGAGCUGCAGGGCGACUGCCUGGCACCCCUGGAGGCCCUGGAAUUCCUCCGCCUCAACGGGAACCCCUGGGACUGCGGCUGCCGGGCGAGAUCCCUGUGGGAAUGGCUGCGGAGGUUCCGAGGUUCCAGCUCCGCUGUCCCCUGCAUGUCCCCCGAGGUGUGGCACGGCCAGGACCUGAAGCUGCUGAGGGCCGAGGACUUCCGGAACUGCACGAGGCCAGCGUCCCCACACCAGAUCAAGUCGCACACGCGCACCACCACCGACAGGGCUGCCCGCAAGGAGCACCACCUGCCGCACGGCCCCGGCAGGGACAAGGGGCACCCACACGGCCAUCUGCCUGGCUCCCGGCCGGGCUACAGGAAGCCAGGAAAGAACUGCACCAGCCACAGGAAUCGCAACCAGAUCUCGAAGGUGGACACCGGGAAGCAGGCCCAUGAGCUGCAGGACUACGCCCCGGACUACCAGCACAAGUUCAGCUUUGACACGAUGCCCACCACACGGCCGAAGAGGAAGGGCAAGUGUGCCCGCAGGACCCCCAUCCGUGCCCCCAGUGGGGUGCAGCAGGCCUCCUCAGCCACGUCCCUGGGAGCCUCGCUCCUGGCCUGGAUACUGGGGCUGGCGGUCACUCUUCGCUGAGGACCCAGGGCACUAGCACCUGUCCACCAAGGAACAGAAAUCCUUUUCUUCUUUUUUUUUAAAAAAAUGGAGGAUCUGAUGGGUUUCAGGAAAAGGCUGGUGGAGGCUUUGGCUGCUGCCUGGGCUCUGCUCGGUGGAUUAUAAACCCAAAGUGUACUGUCCCAGGUGGGAGGGGAUUAGCAUACAUCACUCAGCUAUCCCAGCCAGCCCCCACCAAGCACCCAUGGACAGUGUCCACUCUAGCAAGGCAGUAAAAGGCACGAAAAGUUAAUCCUUCGUUUGCUACGAUGGGACCAUUGCCCCCCAUGAGAGCUGGGCUCUGUGGACUCCUGAUCCUUUGGGGAGCCCUGAAGGGCCCCCACUGUUCCUGGAGGAAGCAGGACUCAGAAAAAUGACGGAGGUUCACUCAAGAGGCUGGGCAACCAGCAGUCUAGGAGCAUGUGAGUGGGUGGCAUCUUGGCUCUGACCUGGGGCCAUUUAGCCAACCUGCCCGGGGUCUAACCAUAUGCCACCUUCCGUGUCUCCCUCUGGGGUAACGCCUCUCAUUCCUGAUGUCUCAGGCAACCCUGGCAGCUCCAGGCCCAACGGCUGGGGUCCAAGAACGAAUUACCAAAGGAAAGGUCAUCAGAGGCUGAAAUUUAGAACGUCAUUAGGUGCAGGGAGGUUCCCACAGAAGGUGCAGUUUAUACUUAUGUCCACUUAUAUAUACACACACUCUCUCUACAUAUAUAUAUACACAAAUGCACAAGUUCCCUCGCCCCCACUCCGUUACCAAACUGUAUGUCUUAUAUGUUUAUAAACUAUAUGGAAAACUAUAUCUGCUGAACUAAGGAUUGUAUUGGUGAUUUCUAGCAAGAAAAAAGAGUUAUAGAAUUUUCGUCUAGAGUCCUAACCUGGUGACUAUAGCCCCCACGGGCCCUGGUCUUGCCAGGGGCCUGGAGAAGCUGUCAGUGGGGAGGGCCAGGGAGAAGGGAAGGCAGCAGGAGUCACAUCAGGGGACCAAUAUUCUUAGACAUUUAGAGCAUCACCUUGUUUUUUUAUAUGCAACACAGGCUUGUCUGUCACCCUGGCGCGCCCCAUCACCCUGACUGUAGUGACUAUUGGCGUCAGGGUGAGAAGCAAGAAGCAGCUUGGUGGAUAUUAGGGAGCCAGAGCCCUGGGGAUGGGCUGGACUGAGAAGGGGAAGGAAGGGGCUUUUGGUGUUUUAAGCCGGCAGGCGAGGCAGCGUUCCACAGUGUUAGUCCAAAGGGAUGGACCAUGUCGUCAGCGUAGCAUUUCGCCAGCCACGGUCCGGGGAGUCCAGAAAGACUCUGGAUAGGAGCCCAGGUUUCCAGCAUGGCUCAGCUGCUGGAUUUUUCCUUGAGGCUCUUUGAUGGGCGUCCCAUCGAGGGCCCUGUGUAGGGUGGCAGGAAGAAAAGCACCAGGCGGCCUUGGCAGAAAAGGACCGAAGAGGGCACUUCAAGAACCAUCUCAGGCACUUCCGCAUGACAGAGACCCCAGCCCACCAGCCCUUCUGGAAAUGCCUGGGGAGGGGCAGAGCUUAGGGGGCCAGACUCAGGGGCCAGGAGUGGGUCAGGGAGUGGAGCAGGCAAACCCGGCCAAGGGAGGAGGGGCUCCAGUCAAAAUCAGCCCUGCUGUACCCUGUGGGCACAGUCUCCGCACUUUGCACAAACCCAAAUUCCCCACCAGAGAGCAUUUGUGUGAGGAGCGAGAAACGCUGAAUCCAAUUAAGAGAGAAAAAUAAUAAUAAUAAAAAAAAAUUCUCUUGGA